AUGCAGCUACAUGCUCUACAUACAAGAGAAAAGAGGAAGGUGUCUUUGGUGGCUUCAAGCUGCAAGCCUUUUACAUCACAUCUACAGGAAAAGGUCAAACUAAACCACUAUGUAAACUGGAUAUCAUUACCAAAGAAAGGAGAAGAUGUCGAGGUGAAUACUCUCUGUAGUGUCGCCGGCUGGGGAAGACUGUGGACUGAUGGCCCAUUGAGCAGUCGUCUAAUGGAGGCAAACGUGUGUUUAAUGAAUGACAAAGAAUGUUACGAGAGGUGGGGAGAUAAUUACUACACAGUCUCACAGAUGAUGUGUACAUGGUGGAUUCUGCAAUAUUCUGGGGGUCCUUUGGUUUGUGGAGACACUGCAGUUGGCGUCGUAUCAUUUCGUCACAUCGAUCUCUGCAAUUCACCUGAGUAUCCUAAUGUGUACACUAAGAUUUCAGCAUAUCUUCCAUGGAUUCACCAAAUCAUUAGAAAUCUUAAGUGA